GUCAAAAUCAGCUGUAUCGUAACCUUUCGAAAUCAAGGCCUAAGCAGUCGGUGAAUGGAGAAAUGAUUCCAGUUAUCACGAUAAAUCUGCGCUAUCGGCAGCGCGGCGAUCGGCUCCCCGAGUUUAUUCGAUAACACGUCGCCCGAGACUUUCGCUUCGUGUUAGACUUAGAAAAUAUUAAAUGUAUCGCGUGUGCCACAAUGUCUUCUGUUGUUGAAGAUAUUUGUGAACUUUUAGACAGUUAUAAUGGACGGGACAAGGUGGUCAGGCUAGCCUGCUACACACUUAAGCUGUACGGCUGUAUAAAAGGCGAGAAGCCAUGGCAGACGGCAGGCUCGCGGCUGUCCAACGCGCGCAUGAUGCUGCGGCUCUUCGACGAUAUACCCAUGAUACGACACACCUAUAGCUACGGGCUGGGCCGCCAUGAGUCGUCAACAAUGGCCGCGGCGCUUGGCGUUCUCGCCAACAUGGUGGACCAAGCCUUCCUGCCUGUGGAAAAGGCCUGCUGGCUGCAAGAUGUAGGCGUCUUGAAGUUGUCUGAAAAAACGGCGGAGCGACUAGAUAUCUUCAGUACCGCGCUGUGGGCUGCAAGUCUUUACAUAUCCUUGCUACAAACGGUCCGCGCCAUCCGCCAGCUGUGGUGGAGUCGCGACUGUUUGCGGCACUCCUGUGAAGGCGGGGGCUCCGAGGCGCGCCGCAACCUCGACGUGCGGCUCACGUUACAAGCAGUCACUGCAGGAAAACUCCUUCUAGACAUAACGCACGCCGUGAGCUGCCUGCCAGAAGGCUGGCUGUGGGGCGAGCGCAUCGCCAGCACCAAGGUCGCCGCCAUCGCCACAACCAGCUCCGUCAUCGGCAUCGCCAUGUACUUUGCCAGGAAAAGACUCUUGAAGUGAAGGUUGG